AAGGCCUGUUUUUCAGCUUCCUGUUGGGAAUUUAAUACUUUCACUUUCAGUUGCAUAUGGCCUCGAACUCGCCUUGUGUUUCUUUGUUAUAUUUAGCAUUCAACUAGAAUGUUUAACGUGAAAGUCUGAAUAACUGUGGACUGCGUCCAGCGUCAAGAUAUCCUAUGGUUCUUAAACAGCGCUGCGAUCGACUUCGUUAACAACUGUUAAUGAACAAGCUUGCAGUAUGGACGGCAAUUCUCGAUUUACUUUUUAUUACGGAGAACAACCACAACAGGAGAAUAAAGCAUUUCCAUUUAGUGUGGAAGAAACUGAUGGAAGACCCGUUACACCAGAAUGCCAAAGUAACCAGCCAAACACAGAGAAUACAGUGCCACCUAUUAAACUUAUUGUGAAGUAUGCAAAUCUGGAACAGGAAACGGCUGAUGUAAUCUCUGCUCCACUACUUGCGAAGAAAGUAGACCUAAAUAGCUUAAACGUAACUAAGGCCCUUCGGUAUACAGCAGGGGAUAGAUUCUCGAACAUUUUUGAUUCAGCCUUAAAUGGUCGCACAUCUCUGAAAGCAGGGAGUCUUUUUGAAAUACCAGUUGUUCAAGAAAGCCAUUCGUUGAAAUGUAAAAUUGUUAUCCUCAUUGCUCUUGAACAGUGGAAUAGAGCUACAGGUUCUUCAGUCACGGACCUGAAAAAGGGGAUUUGUAAUUUACUUGGAAAAUGCCAUUCUAAAAAUGUUAACUCCGUGGCCAUGUCUGCAAUAGGUACUGGCAUUGCUUUGGCUUUUCCCCCUGAAGUUGCAGCUAAGAUAAUUGGAGAAGAACUUAAAAACUUUGUAGCACAAAAUCCAAAUACUAGCAUCAAACAAAUUCAGAUUGUAACCAAGCAGCUACCAGAAAAUCAGACCAUUUUCAUUGCCUUCAGAGAAACCCUCUGUGCAAUUGAUUUUGGAAACCGAAUCAUUGUCUGCAAUGAACAAGGAGUUCCUUUUCCCAGGACACAACUCGGAGAUCAAGUGCAAAAGCAAAUAGGAAAUCUGUCAGUAUCUGCGGUUUAUGAAGACAUUGUGAAAGAAACUACAAAUGCCAUUGUUAACUCCACCAACUUUAAACGGUGGAGUAAAGGCUCUGUUGCGCAUUCUAUAUUUUCUGUAACUGGACAAGAAGUUAUUCGGGAAGCUCAGCGUGGUCACAAAUCUGGAAAAAAAGUUGUCAUGACCAAUUCUGCUAAUCUAAAAUGCCACUGGAUUUUACAUUGCAACUGUGAGGGUAAUAUUGAAACACUCAAACAUCUCUUGGAUGACCUAUUUAAAUUAUGUGAUGAAACGGGACUAAAAUCUUUAUCACUUCCUGCAAUAGGAACAGGAGAAUGCAUGUUACCCCCGAAGCGUGUUGCUGAAACUAUGAUUGAAGCCAUAUGUUCUUUAGCCAGAAAACAGAACCACUGCCUAUUAAAUGUUCGCCUGGUUGCAUUCACCCCAUUUAUUUACCAUAUUUUCUGCACUGAACUUCAGAGGCUUUUCUGAGGAAUGAAUAUAAAUGAAGUACCAUAUGUACGAUCAAAUGAUACCUAAAGCAUGGAUUUAUUUUGCUAGAAAACUCCAAAGGUUGAUGAAGAAUAUGUUUGGACUGUGGGUUUCAGAAAUGCCUGUGAGGAACACAAAUCAUGUGUGUCAUUCUGCAAUAUUAAGCUGUAUGCAACAUCAGUGGUUAAAUACGCUCUCAACAACGCAAAAAGUGAUAAAAUUAUCCACAGCACCAUCUGCUUUGAGGAUAUAACAUCUUUAGAUCCACUGGAACUUUGUUGUUGUGUUGGGGCUGUGAUAGCGUAUAUGAAAAGAUAUGUCAAAAUUAUUAACGUAUGUCUAAACCCCAAAACAAAAAUGUAAUAAUUGAAGCUUACCAGCCCUUAGAUGUGGUGGUUGUUUUUAGUUUGAAUUUUUUCAGGCUACAAACAUUUUUAGCAGGUACAAUAAAAAUAACAAUCACUUUAAGUCAUUAGAGCAGCCUAUGUUGACACACUGCUCCACCAUAGAUACUGGAGGAGAUAACAUUGCCGUCCUAGGACAGGAAGUGUUAUUCACAGUAAUAAAUCCACUAAUACUUGGGGCAUGGCAUUAUUACAACACCAUAUUUUUAUAUAUGCAAAUAAUAUCAAACCUAAUACAGAUAAACGAAAAUCCAUCAAAACAAAUCCAAUUGUAGUACAAUGUAACAAAGCAACAUUUUAAAUCAACUAAAAUACUUUUCUGUUGAACCAGCAUUUGGAAUAUCGUUUAUCGACAAUCAUUGGAUCUGCAGGGACUGUAUUAAUAUUUCUAUAUUUGUAAACCCUAUCCACGAGCCUUGUCAGCAACUGAGUGUAGACCUACUUUCAGUGCUUACAGUAUAAUGCUGGGAAAAAUACAGGUGGUGUUCUGUGCAGAAAAAAACAUAAUGGCCUCCAAAUGCUUGACCCUAUAUAUCAUCCACCUUCUAGAUUUCCAGGGCAUAUACAUAUACAGCUGGAAUGGUACCAAUAGGAUGUUCUUGCCCAGGAGAGGGCAGGGGCCUCUAAUGCUAGAACAGUCACCCAGCUGAGACUGGUGGCCAUUCAAAUAAUGUAUGACUAUGCAUGUGCCUGUGCAAACACCAACAGUGCUAGUCCUUAACAAGAAUAGUACAAAGACACUACAGCCAGGACAGUCUUGUCCUACCCCAUACUUGAAAGCAAGCAUCACAUCUAGCACCGAUCAGAGGUUAGCAGCCUAAACAGAAGAGCCAGCUUGUAACCUGAAAGCAAUAACAGGAAUCCCACAGGACUGGAUUGCAGCACAAGCCAUGAAGACAGGUUAAUCCAAACACAUGGAUCUAGAUGGCUCAACUGUAAAACACCAAGGCCAGCACACCCUGAUGCACAUGGUCUUGGAAUUCUCAGUAUUAUCAAGUGAGAAUAAAAGGGAAAAAUCCUAAAAAAGAGAAAACUAUUGUAGCCAUCAAAUCUACGAACUGGUAUACUAUUUUGUUUGGGUUUAGUUAUGUUUUAAAUGACCACUGGAUGUAAAGACAGAAUCAAAGUAAUAAAAUCCACUUUUGGAGCACUCUGAUGAACACUUUAGAAGAGGAGAGGGAGCGUAAAUGACCCAUGGACCAUCUAUACUACUGUGAAUCAAACACUUUUGGCUUUCUUACUUUUACAUAUUUUUUUUUUGUUUUCAAUGUUUUUAUUGAAAUGUUAUAUGUAUAAAGAUACAAUAUAUCACAUCAGAUAUUAUAAUAAAAUAAGAUACAAACAUAUAAUCUUUAAA